AUGAAAGCAACAUCAACUCAAGCUAUGAAAGCCGGCACCAGCAUUGUCCGCCGCAGUCAGGGGCUUCGUGAGAUAGUCGACCAAUAUGAUGUGUUUCUCAUCGAUCAGUGGGGUGUUAUGCACGACGGUCACGCCGCCUAUCCGGGGGCGGUGGAGUGCAUGCAGUCAAUUUUGGCCGCCGGCAAGUAUGUUAUUCUCCUGUCUAACUCCUCGAAACGCAAAGCCGGCUCGCUCGCGCGUCUUACAGACAUGGGUUUUCAGCCUGAAAAGUACUUGGACGUUAUCACGUCGGGCGAGCUCACUUACCUUGGCCUCAAGCCACCACGUUCCCCUUCUUACGCAAACAUCCGAGGCACAAAUGUCCUUGUCUUCGGGUCCGGAGAUGAAGACCGGGAGUACGUGGAAUCGUUGGGCUGUCGGGUUUCUCCGGUGGAGGCGGCCGACUUUCUCUUGGCCCGCGGUCCGUUCACAAUACUGGAUUCACCCGACCCUGCCACGCCGCCUCAAACGUUUGGACCGGGUCGAAUCCUGCACGAGAGCGCAGAGUUUGAAGCGGUGGCCGCCAAAGCCAUAGCGCGGGGGCUGCCCAUGAUUGUGUCCAAUCCCGACAUCGUCCGACCUGGCGGCGACAACGACCCCAUGCCCGGGCUUCUCGGGCGUGCCUAUGAGCAGAAGGGGGGCCAGGUCAUGUAUGUAGGCAAGCCAUACCCUCUGGUGUAUCAAGAGUGCCGAAAACGUCUCGUAGGGCUGAAGCCGGCCGGGGGAAAGGCGGAUUGGAGGAUAUGCGCAAUCGGAGACUCGAUGUGGAACGACGUGAAGGGCGCAGUGGACGAAGGCUGGGCAUCUGUCCUGGUCACGGAUGGGAUCCACGCAGAAUCUUUGGGGGUACGACAGGGCUCUGGGGAGGAAGUGCCGGGUGAAAGCCUAGAUUUCUUCCUGGAAGGCUUCGCAUACCGGCCAAGCCACACAAUACCGUGUUUUCGAUGGUAA